AUGGAUCAAGGUCGUCUUGUCUCUCUAGACGACAAUUUGUUAUCUCAAACGGUUUCAAGUUUACGUAAUGUAUUAGCGCAUGAUUUCGAUCUACCAUUGAAUAAACAAAUUCUCCUGGUAUCAGGCGGUUUUCAAUUGGAACCAGGUGAUAAAUUGUCAACAUAUGGAGCUGGUCUAGAUAAGACAAAUCCAAUCUAUGUGUUUACGCAGACCUUACCAAACGAUACCAGUGUACAGAAACCUGAUGUCUUACAAGUGAACGACGGUGGAUAUCCACGACAAUUGGCUAGUCUUUUGGAAUUAGCACCAUCGGAAAAAGUAUUCGAAGAUCGAUUACGUCUUAUUCGUGCACUUACACCGAUUGGUCGUGAAGCAGCUAAUGCAAUUGAACAGUUAGUCUCUGAACAACGUCAAAUGAUACAGGGUUGGUGUGUUGCACUAGCAAAUUUAGCUGAAGUUGCUACAGAUACUAAUAAGCGUUUAUUAUUCGCAACUAGCCGACUAGUACAAUUUGAAGAAUGUAUUUCUGAUUGGGAGAGAAAGUUGUACAGUUUUCAUGAAUUGAAAAAGGAAUUGUCUGAUUUACCAUUAUUGCCACAAUUAGUUGUGAUUGGAACCAGUGAAUCAUCGACCAAUGAGAAAGAAUCGUUGAACACCAACAACAGCAACACUAGUAAUAUACCAAAACCAAAAAAUCUAUACGAAUGGGUUUGUUUACAAUCAGCUAUAUCCAGUAUUGGCACACGUUAUUCCCUAGUAUCAUCAUCAUCAUCAUCAUCUACACCGUCAACAAUUAAAUCUGUUGGUUUACAACAUCUCGGUGUUGGUGGUGGUGGGGGCGGUGGUCGAGUCCGUACAACAAGUACUGGCCAACUGAGUUCUACAGUGACUACUGGAGUUAAUCAAUCGUCUAAAGUCUCCUUCUACACUGGUGGUUCACAGACCAGUUUGAAUAGUUUGGGUAUGGGUUGUUCAAAUUCAUCACCGCCUCCAUUGGAUAAUCGAUUAUUGAUUGAUCAAGGUUCAAUGAAUAGUGUUGUUAACAGUAAUAAUCUUAGUACGUCCAUACAACAACAACAACAACAACAACAUGAAUCCUCGUCAACAACACCAACAACAACAACUGGGAUAGAUUAUUAUGAGUCAGCAUUUUUAGAGAUUAUAAAACGAGCUAUUGAUGACAUACAUUCAUUACGAUAUGGUCCAGAUGUACAGUUUCAGUCAACUGGAAAUGGAAAACACCAACAAGGACAACCACAGCCGACAGAUACUACUACUACUACUUCCAGUGAAUUGACUUAUGUUCGAGCGCAAACAAAUCGUUUAUCAGAAUUAAUCACUAUGGUUAAUACGUGUUCAAAAUCGAAUUAUGAUGAAAUGACAAAUUCCACUGUUCCGCAUUCAUCAUCAUCACCAUCAUCAUCGACUUCACCAGCAUCAACCGAGGUGAAUAAUACACAACUGGAAGGCGGCAUUAGCAGUAGUAGUAGUAGUAGUAGUAAUACUACGACUACUACUACACAAGGCGCCUCUUCCUCAGUGGAUUCACCACCGAAUACCACCACCGCUCCUGCUGCUGCUGCUGUUGGUCUGCCAGACAACAGGCAACAGACACUUGCCUCAGCUUCUUCUUCUUCCUUCUCCGCCUCUUCAUUACACUUAACUCGUGAUCAAGAUAUCAACUACUUAAUGAUCAGUGUACAUGAUGCCUUAGAUCCAGGAUAUUUUAGUCAGCGUCUUUCACAACUCGAUCCACUUGCCUGUGAAGCAAUUGAUUUAGCUAGAAAAAUGAUUGGCAUUGAACAGUGUACAACGAAAACAUUUCAACAAAUUGUUCAACAGAAAAUUAAUUCAUUGCUUCAAACUAAAUUCACAGAGAAUACUACAAAUUCACAAGAAUUAAUUAUUGCAUUUAAUCGUUUAUGUGAAAUAUUGGGUAUUGUCAUGCAAAGUAAAUUAUUACUAGCGAAUAAUUUAUCCGAUCGUCAACGAUGGCUUCAAAAUUUCCAAUCUGAACUAAAUCGUCUUGAUGCAAUUAUUCAACAUUGUCUUCGUCGUAUGUGUCGGGUGACAACAACAGGAACAUUAAUUUCUCAACUUGGUGAAGCUGGUUCAACCUAUGCUCGGUGUUUGGCUGAAAUUGUUCGUCGUACAGAAUUUGAAGAUAUGCUUACUCAACGAUCGGUAUAUUAUCUUAAAGAGGAGAAUCAUUUACGCGCUGAAGAAUGUCGUCGACGACGAAUUUUCUCAAAACAUUUGAAAAAUAAUUUCCUGCAUACACUGUUCUCUCCAUGGACUAAUCCGAAAACUGAUUGUCUUGGGCUGAUCAAUUUACCAGCUCCGAUCAGUAUGUCACAAGAUGUCAAUGACCAACAGUUUUGUGAGAUGAUGUCUAACCUAACUGUCACUUCUUCUUCGGCUGCUGCUGCUGCAACUGCUAAUACCACCAACACCACAACAACAACUCCAACGAGUCAUAAACUAGAAUCUCCUACAACACCUGAAUUAUCCGUGAAUCGACGCUAUGCCUUAUCCUCCCUGUCUGAACCACGGUUAAAUGAAUUAGCUAAAGCUUGUGCAUUACAUCGGGUCAGUUAUCGAUUACGCUCGAGUCGAUUGAAUUCGCUAAGUUCACCAGAUCCACAAUUAGCUAAAGUGAAAGAAGAUGAAAUGAUUGAAUCGAGUCAAAAAAAGUCUACAGAUUCAGUUUCAUCAUCAUCAUUACACCCAUCAACAGGUAUCCAUCAAAAUCAAUCAAUCAAUCCUUCACAGAAUACAGCGACAUCGGCAGCGGCAUCAGCAGCCGUGCCAUUACGUCGUCAACAUAUACAUACACCUACGCAUAGAAUAGAUCCAAGUCGUCGUGCAUCGAUGCCAUCUCCAGAACCGGAGAGAGCAACAUCCACAUCGAAUUGGUCGAUUGAUUCAACAUCACUUGCAUUGACGCAUCAUUUCUAUGCAAGUAAUACAGCUGUUUAUAAUAAUAGUAAUAAUCAUAGUGCUGUUAAACAACCGGUGAAGAUCACUCGUGAGGAUUUAGACAAAUUAAUGCAAUCUAUGCCAACUAGCAUAUGUAAUCUUUUACGAACAGAAUUGAAUAAAUCCUUGAGCUUGUUCAAGAGUGCUUCAUUUCUGGCUAAUUCAUCUAUGAGUCUGGUCGGUGGUGGUGGUCCUUUAGACCAAUCAACAGGUUUGAAGCUGAUUUCAACCACAACAACAACAACGACAAUGAUGGUGACGACAUCGACAAGCACAACAACAGCGAUGGCGACAACAAUGGGGACUACAUCGAUCACUGGGACACAGAUUAAUGCGCCUGAAACAAAAUCAACAACUACAUCACCCAUAUGCAGUAUCAUUCAUUUAACACCACUACAGUUAGUUAGCGUUGCCUGUCAAACAGAAUUCAAUUUAAUUGAACCAAUUAUUAAUGUUGGAUCAGGUCGGAGUUUAAAUUCCAGCUUAGGAUUAUCAGUUGAUGAUUCAGCUCGUCGUACUGCUAAUAUUAAUAUUAAUAAUAAUACAUGUUGGGAAGAACUUCCUGGAAGUUUAUGCAGUUGGGAAUUGUGUCGUUUCCCUGUUAUCCGUUCAUCAAGAGAUCGUAUGUCGAUUUCAUUGAAUACACUACCACGUUUUGAACAUUUAUUUGUCACCGUGGGUACUCAAACCGAUUUACCAAUUGAUUUUGUCGACGAUAAUUCUGUGUAUAAUUCACCGGUGCUGAGUACAACGAAUUCUGUGGAUGCUCCUGCUGUACUACCCUCUGUAGAUAGUGAAUUGAAAGGUACAGUAGAAAAUGAUUCAGCACAACCUCAUGAAUGCGUCAGCAAAACCGCUCCUGCUCCUCCUCAUGCUACAUCUUCAUGCCCUAAUAAUAAUGAGGACAACGAAGAAAUGCUUGAUGACAAUGUUGUCCUGUCUGAGAUAUUCACAGAAGCCGUGGAUGAUGAUGACGUUGACGAUGAUGAUGCCGAUUUAUUCACUGAUUCCGCCCUAAUGAUGACAUCAAGUUUUCAUUCAACUCGUACAACAUUUUCAAAUAAUAAUAAUGGUAUUGGUAAUAAUCAUAAUAAUCAAUAUGACAAUGAUGAUGAUGAUAAUAUUGACAAUCUAUCCCACCAGCAUACACCGUUAAUGUCGAUCACUCAAAGUCGUUGUAGUGAUGAUGAUGCUGCAGAUGAUACUGGUUGUCGUAGCAGAAGCAGUAGAAGUAGUAGCGGUAAUCUGUGUUAUAUUACAGAUGGUGUUGCUGCCGGGGAUGAUGGUUCUACUACAACUCAGUAUGGAUCUAUGAUGUCUGAUGGUGUGAAAACAUCACCUGACGACGUACUGUUAUUAUCGUCCUCAUCAUCACCAGCUGGGGGAAGUGGCGUUGGGGGACGAAGAGGUGUUGACGGCAACCGCCGCCAUCGCCACCACCACCACCACGACCACUCAGGUGAAGUAUUACCACCACCAGAGUCAAAUAAUGAUCAACAGAAUCAAACAACACCAUCUCUUGCCUCUUCUUCAGCAGCUAUCUUAGAUAAUUGUUGUAUCAAAUGUCAAUUAAGACGUAAACAUCAUAAAGAAUACUUUAGUUUACUUCAAAAAUGUUUACAAAUUAUUAAAGCUAAAGAAGAAAAUGAAACGAAUUCACUUAAUCCUGAUGUUACUGUGAAUGCGGCAACUGGUGGUGGUGAUGGUACUACUAGUAGUCAGUGUCAGUCAACAGCAGUACGUGGAGGAACAACCCCCGAAACAACGACGACAACAGCACCACUUCAGUCAUCAGAUACAAUACAGACACCAUUAAUUUCGCUAAAUAGAAGUCAAUUGAAAUGUCUUUUAAGUGUGUUAGAAUCGUGUUCUCUUAUGUUCCUGAAAAAAUCUAAACACAGUCUACCGUGUCUUUCGUCUCAUCCACCUACGGAGGAGACUUCAGCUGAUGAUAAAGUUGGAACUGAUCAUUCUGAUCCGGAUUUAUCAACAACGCUAAAAGAAGACAAUUCUGAAGAGUUGAUCAAUUCUACACUGAAUGAAUGUACAUGUUCUGGUGUCGAUGAAAACAACGAGGCAACAUCACCAUCAUCAUCAUCAUCCUCUACUGCUGCUGAUCAGUUUGAUUUUGGCAAAUCUUUACAAUAUUUACUAGAAGCAUUACAUUUAAAUAAUCCGGUAAAUACUGUUUCUAUGGCUACAUCAACAACACCAGUACAUAUCCCCAAUGAAACAACAACAUCUAUGAUAACACAGACAGAAUUAAUUCAAGGCGUUGAUGUUGCAACAUCAAUUACUCUGCUAAAUCAAACUAUUGAAGAUUGUAAUUCUGAAGGUGGAAAAAUAUCAACAUGCAUUUCAUCUUCCUCAAGUACUACUGUACCGUGUGUCUGUGAUUCUGCUGCUGCUGCUAGCAGCAAGAUGAAGGAAACCACUAGUGGUGGUGGCGGCGUUGAUAUUCACACUACAGACGAUUCAAGUAGUUCUAAUUACCUAACUGUCUCAUCGUAUAAUAAUAAUAAUGACAACAACAGUAAUAAUUAUAAUUCGUCAUCAUCACGUAAUAUUUCUUCUGCAUCGACUUCUGCUGCUUCUCGUUGUACCUCGCCUACCUCAUUGUCUCCUGUCCCACUAUUACAACAACAAGAACAGUUGGCUAAUACAUCCAGCAGUGAUAAUACUAAUAAUAAUAUUGCGACUAGCGGUAAUAAGCAUAAAUCGAAUAAUGCUUUGGAGACUUCCACUUGUAAUUUAUCGGGUAUUUCUAAAAAGUCUGCUGAACGCUAUACUAGUUUUGUACAUUCAAAUUUUGCACCGAAUGAUAUUGUAAUCUUUGUGCCAGUUCAAGGAUCGAAACCAAAUACUUCAGGAUUAUGUACUACUGGUGCUACUGCUACUACUACCACGACGACGGCUACUGAUACCACUUCCAGCGAUGCUGACAGUUCAAUGACAACAACAGCGACGAUGGCGAGUAAUAUCACACCUACAACCAGUUGUAUUCUAUCACAACAAAACACCAACAAUCCUAAUAACAACAAUAAUAAUGACUUAACAAAUAUAACAAAAUCUGAUAUAUGGUCUGUCACCAGUGGGAAACUUUCCGUAAAUCUACUCGAUGUGAUUUCACCUUCAUCUAGCUUAUUAUCUUCAAUGAUUGUUCAAUCAUCUUUACCCUUGUGUUCAUCAAUAUUUGGAACAAGCAGUGGUAGUGGUAGUGGUGGUGGUAGUACCGGCACAACAACUACAACACUGGCUGCUGCGAAUGAAUUCUAUUCAUCAAGUGCAUUGUUAGGCGGGGAGGUAUUUUUACCAACUGUGAAUGCUACUAUUACUACUACUACUAAUACCAGUGCAACAACAACAACACUGGGAACAGGAGAAUUACCGCUAUCAGCGCCAUCAUCACCGCCAAUGUCAUCAACAACAACAACUGCUACUACUACUGGCGGACCACAUAUUCAAUGGCGUAUGUUAUCCUCUGAUGGACAUGUCUACUUUUUACAUCAAGAUGACUUUAAAGCCUUGAAUAUUGAUGAGAAUACUGACUAUUGUCAACCGAUCAGCUCUAAUCUACAAGAAACAAGUUCUACUCAGAAUAAAAAUCAAUCCUUUAAAGAAGCCUUUCCAGCUCAUAAUCAUUUCAUUGUUGCAAGAUAUCAAAGUAAACAACGAUGUUUAUCUAAAAAGGCUAGUAAUCGAUUUAAUUUACCGAAAAAUUUCAUCUUUUAUCGUGUCAGAGCCUCACCUUUGAAUUUACCCUCACCACCACCGUCGGCGUCGGCGUCGGCGUCAUCAUCGGAAUCACCGUCAACAAUGACAUCGAAGCAGAAUAAUAAUAAUGAUAUAAAGAGUAACACUACUGACUAA